UAAACUUGACAACAGUGUCAAUAAAAAAAGGUAUAUGAAGAAGAAAUAUUCCAAAAUGGCGAUUAUUUUCAAACAUGAACUGGAGUGAAUUAAAGUUUUUCAAAUAUCCGUUGUUUCAGAAAGGUCUGAAAAUACUCUAUUUUAUGCGUACAAUCUAAUCAGCAGAAGGAAACGAUUCAGAGGCAUAGGAAGAUAUCUAAGAGCAACUAUGGCAGAAGAAUUGGAGUUAAAAACUGUGGAACAUUCCAUUCCUAUCGAUAUACUCAACGAUCUUUUAACGAGAUUCAUUAUUUUCGUUCCACAAUCAGCCAAAGAAAAUCUGAUUCGUAUAUGUUUCCAAAUCGAACUGGCCCACUGGUUCUAUUUGGACUUCUACGUUGGAAACGACCCGCGUCUCAAAACCUGCAGUAUAUAUGAAUUCGCUGCCCAUGUUUUCCAACAUGUCCCAUUCUUGAAAAGCGAAAGCCAUAAACUGAACCAAAUACUAGCUGAAUGGAAGGAAUACAAACAAAGUGUCCCCACGUACGGUGCUAUAAUACUUUCUGAAGGCCUAUCCCAUGUUCUGCUUGUCCAGAGUUAUUGGGCAAAAUCUUCGUGGGGUUUUCCCAAAGGUAAAGUAAAUGAAGAUGAAGAUCCGGCACAUUGUGCUAUAAGGGAAGUACAGGAAGAAACCGGCUUUGAUAUUAGCCCAUACCUCAAACCAAACGAAUAUCUUGAAUCUGUAAUUCAGGACCAGUUAGUGAGGUUAUACAUAAUUAAAAAUAUUCCAAAACAUACAGAAUUCAAACCGAGAACAAGAUGCGAGAUUAAAGCUUGCAGUUGGUUUGCUGUGGCUGAUCUACCGAAUAACAAAAAAGAUGCCACACCUAAAACAAAGAUCGGAGUCAGCCCUAAUGCAUUCUUUAUGGUGCUCCCGUUCAUUAAACGGUUGAAAGCGAUUUGUAAUAACAGCACAGCAGGGCGGAAAGGACGAAAUAAAUCGGCCAGUCUCAGUGAAGUGGAUAAUACCAGUUCUAAAGUUAAGGUAAAGUCUAAAACUGAGACAAAAAAGCCAGAUAGUAAUCGUAAACACAGUAAGAGACAGUUGUUUUCUGAUGACGAACACAUCCCUGUCGAGUUUUCAGCUCCUUCCUGGCUUAAUUUCAAGUUUAACAAGUUGGCCAUAAUGGAAUGCAUGCCAUAAAAAAUGCAAGGUAUGGCUGCAAUGGGGACUUCUUUAUAGAGUGGUCAAAAAUGUUAUAAAGUGAUUGAAACACAGAAAGUGCUCUGGUAUAUUUCUUUAAAAGGAGCAACUUUCUCUGUUAGGCCCCAAAUAUUUCACGUUUUAUCUUGUCUCGACAUCUCAAAAAGCUUUAACUGAGUAUUCUAAUUUUUUUUCUUAAAUUCUACAUUAAGAUGCAUGUAAUUUUUACAGUUUUUUUUCUUUUGGUUGCUUAAUAGGGUUUUAUAUACUAUAUGAUUGAAAAAAAAAACGGCGUGAGCGAUGGCAAUGAAAUGAAGAUCGCUGUCAUUUUAUAUGUAAAAUUAUAUGGGGAACGUCAUCGAUCGCCAUUUCCACGCCAAGUGGACGUCGUUUUUUUUACGAUCAUAAGGUAAAUCAAAGAAUGGUGAUAAUAGUUUUUAAAUAAAAAUGCAAUAAUUCUCCUAGUUGAUUUAUUGGUUUUACAAAACUGUUGCAUUUUUUUUAAGAUAUUACAGAAAGUCUGACGUUUUUUUUUGGUAUAAUUAUAUUCUGGAUGACAAACUGUGUUUUUUUUUCUAAUAAACAAAUCUUUUCAAAA